GUGGGUGUCAGGGGCUGAUCUAACCCGGGGUCGGUGCCGGUUCUGUGUCCUGUAGAUCUUUGUCCUCACCCUUCACCAUGAAAGCAGCACAUGGAGCCCAAAACGAGCCUCAUGGACAUCAACAAGAUAUUCUCCCUGCUGCAGCCCAGGGAUGACGAGGAGGACAACGAGGACAGCGAGGAGCUGAGCAGGGCUGUGUGCCAGGACGACCACGAAACGCUGGCCCGGCUGCUGUGCCAGGACAGGUACAAGAGGCUCCUGAACCGCAGGAGUGGCUGGGGGGUCCCCAGCACCCCCCUGCGCCUGGCAGCCACCCGGGGCUGCCUGAGGAGCCUGCGGGUGCUGCUGGCCCACGGUGCCCAGGUGGACAGCCUGGAUGUGAAGGCUCAGACCCCGCUCUUCGUGGCCGUCAGCAACGGGCACGGCGAGUGCGUGCGGGCGCUGCUGGAGCACGGUGCCAACCCGCUGGGCAGCAUCUACAACAACUGCUCGCCGCUGCUGCUGGCUGCCAGGGACGGGCAGCUGGACAUCCUGCGGCAGCUGCUGGAGCACGGAGCCCAGCCCAAUGUCCAGGCCAGGCUGCCGGAGUGGGCGGCCAACUCGGUGUCGUGCUCGGGGCCGCUGUACCUGGCGGCCGCCUACGGGCACCUGGAGUGUUUUCGGCUGCUGCUGCUGCACGGGGCUGAUCCCGAUUACAACUGCACCGAGCAGGCUGUGCUGGCUCAGAUCCGGGAGCCCAAAACCCUGCUGGAGACGUGUCUGAGGCACGGCUGCCACAGCCAUUUCAUCCGGCUGCUCAUCGAUUUUGGGGCCAACGUGUACCUGCCCAGCGUGCCCAUGGACGGGGUGGCACCGCACAGCGAGGGGCUGGAGCUGCUGCUGCAGGCCAGAGCUCAUCCCAAAUCCCUGCUGUCCCAAUCCCGGCUGGCCGUGAGGCGUCUCCUGAAGCAGCCCAGCCUCUCAGCCGCCCUUGGAAAGCUGGAGAUCCCCACAGUCCUGGCCAAAUACCUGCAGCACGAGCCCUGA